GAGAUUCUGCUGCCUCCGUUCAUUGAUCUCUCCUGGAGUCCACGAACACCCGUCAUGUUUGGAGCUUGCACAACCGACUGGUUCUACACUAUGCCGUGUUCCGCUGUGAAUUGUGAACGAAGCGCAGCGGCCCCGCGUCACAGACGUUGCCGCGUUCUGAAUUGCACGCGAUACCACCCGACAAAAACGCCGGUUCGCACAAGGACUCCUAUCCAGAACUCGUGCAUGUCGCGGUGAUAUCAUCGACACGGUCAGGAUUGCCGCAAUGUUCGACCCUGCGUUCACCGAGAUGUGGCGCAUCAGAGACGUUCGUGGUGCGAUUCCCGCCGAAGGUUAUUCAUGCUAUCGACAUCCUCACCAGGAUUUUCUCCGUCUCGCGGAAACCCACACGCCCUCGGGCGUGCAUGAUCCUUGCAAACUGUCUCGGUUCUCGACGACGCAUCCCUGCGACCGUCUGCACAGCGCGGAUCUGACCUGCCUGACGUCAUACGUCAGCCCGAAGGGCGGCAAGAACGUUUCUGCCAUGUCACCCAUUCAGAUCGGACUUCCGGUUACAUCAGUUUGACAUGGACUCCAAGGGCGCGGCAAAAAGCGCAUACAAAACCAGCGUUCAUGUAUUCGGUGUGGGUAGCGAACGCGACGAUCCACCACAAUCUACUCACCACCGGUCCCUUCCUCCUCCUAAUCCCUUGCACCC